AUGACUUUUUAAAAGGCAUUCGUAAUUGCUAGUUUUAAGUAUUAAUCAUUCAUUUUAAUAUUUACGUCUCAUGAGUACAUUACAAACUUCGAUUUCCUCAUCCAACCAUCAGUAGUCCUAAAAGAUAAAGAAUACCAAAAUGGUGCAUAAGCUCAUAACUAAAUAGAAAAGUUAGCUUAUUUAACCAAGUAAUCAUAUAUUGGAUCUUCUUAAUUAGAUUGUCCUGAUCUAAUAAAGCAAGAGGAUAAGUUAUACAAAAUUACUUAUUUAAAGAGAGUUGCAGAAUCAGAUUAAAAAAGUAGAUAUAAAUGCCAAACAUUGGGAGCAUUAUUAAUAGACAAAUUGCUAAAAAAGAGUUAAAUUUUAGAAAGGAAGUACAAUAAUGAAUUCUUUGAAUGUAGACUAUCUUUCCUUAAUUAAAAAACUGAAACUUAGAAAGAAUGUUAUUUGGAAUAUGAUUAAAUCAUGAAUUUUUAUGAUCAAUUACCCUUAGAGAUAAUAACAGAAAAAAAUAGAAACUAGUUUCAAAAUACUAUUAAAAAUCCAUAUGAAUGUUGGAAUUUUUAAUUUACUUAAGGGAGGUUGGUUGGAAUAAUCAAAAAAAUGAAUUAUGAUUUUCUUAGAUUGAUGGGCAUAAACGAAGAAAUUUUAGACGUUUAUAUACAAAAUGAGAAUUAAAUUCCAAUGUGUUGUGAUAUUUAAUAGUUCAUACGACUAAGAGAUGGAAUUUACUAUAAUUCCAGUUUAAUAAAUUUUCAAGGUGAAAUUUUCGAAUCUUAAAUAGAAAUAAAAAAAUUCCUCCAAACAAAUUCCUGUGUACAGAUAUCUAAUUACUUUAUAUAUUUUAUAUACAACUGCGAUAGAAGUAAAUUGAAUGUUAAUAAAAUUGAGAAUAAUUACUUAACAUAUUUUUAAUAAUCAACGCUACCUUUACUAUCAUAAAUUUCAAUUCACAAAUCAAGAAUUACAAAGCCCUGCAAUAUAAAACCGAUAAGAGAUUUUUAAUGA